AUGACAGCGGCAGCUCGGAACCGCGGCCCGGCCCGCUCGGGGCGCCGCGGAACGGACAGGAGAAGGGGCACGGGUGCGGUUCCCGCAGCCUGCGCUUCUCCGGACGGCGGUGGCUGCUCACGCCGUGCUCCCCGCCCCUUCAUUCCCUCCGGGAGUGGCUUCACCAGGCCGCGGGAGUCUGCAGCGAGUCCGCUGGCGGGCCGGUGGCCCUGUGGGCCGAUACGGGCGCCAAAGUUACGAAAACCUCAAGGAGGGAAGCAAGAGAAAAAAGUUAUCCAUCCCUACAGCAGAAAAGCUGCACAGCUUGCGAGGGAUGUACACAAACAGGAGAAGAAAGAAAAGUUGAAGACUGACAAAGCUUUGCGUUUAAGCAUUAUUGGAGAAAAACUGCAAUGGUUUCAAAGUCACCUUGACCCCAGUAAAAUUGAGUACACAAAGAAGGAAGCUGGUGAACUAAUUGAAAAUUAUAUGUGUCGAUUCAAUGCUGAAUUGGAGCAGAUUGAAUUACAAAACAGCAUUAAAGGCAGACAAGGAAUACAGCACGCUUCAAGGGAAGCUGUCAUCAAGCAGACAAUAGAACGUGAAAGACAACUCUAUGAGGGCUAUGGAAUAGAAAUCCCAGACAUUAUGAACAGAAAGCAUCUUAAAUUUUUCAGAGAGUGGGAUGGUGAUCUGAGGAAACUGCCAAACAUCAAAAUGAAAAAGCUGUCAGUUAGGGAUGCUGCCUUCAGUCACCUUGUGGUGACAGAUGCAGAAGCAAAAGAAGACUUGAAUGAAGAGGAAGACGUGGGCCCUGAUGAGCAGCAGCCGAUUCAAGAGCUGAAAUAGUAAAGGGAAUUGUUAGAAACCUAUUUUAGUUUUCACUGGAAAAAGAAAUAAAAUUUAACUAUAUUUCUAAAAGCUUUGUUAGUUGCUUUUUUAUUAUCUCUGUACCUAUGGUAAAGAGUAAACAAUAUUACUGGGUAAAGCUGUAUAUUACUGGAUAAAAUUUUUUGACUAUAAAUAAAUACUUAAAAUCUUAAUCGUGUAAGUUUAUGUCUUGAAAUCCUGACUAACUGAGUCCAUUUUCUGUCUAGAUUCAGACUGGAAAACUUUGUGGUCAGAAAUCCUUACCUUUUUGUGGUAAUUGCAAUAAUCUGUUAAACAUGAGGAACUCUUCUCUUGUACCUUCGUUUCUUUGAGAAUCUGUGUCAGGAUCAUAGAGAGCUGGAAAUGCUUCAAUAAAAUACUGAGUAUUUUA